CCGCGCAAAGGGCCUCGUCAGUCUCGACUCAGAGUUGCACGCGACGCCACCUGCGCUCCUCCAGAGCUCCGAACGCCUCCCUCCGAGCAUCCCCGGGGGUGCCCAUCCCCGAAAUUCACGCGGAGCCGCGUGCCGGAGAGUUGAACGCGUGGGCCAGCUCCCAGGAUAUACGAAAACACAGGUGCGGCUAAAUGACCAGCAGCAGCAGCGAGUGAGCCAUCAAAGGUGACCCCGACACCUGCGGCGCGGCCUUGAGAUGCUGCAGAACAGGUACAAGACGAUGAACGGCCAGACGGGCGUGUCGGCGGCGGCCGCCGCCGACGGCCUCCGGCGGACACCGGAGCCGCUGGAGGUGGCGUCGUCGGCGGCGCCGCCGCCGCGUCGCAGCGUCAGCGUGAACCACUUGGCGCGGCAGCUACAGAGCCACACGAGGGUGAGCCCUCAGGUGAUGGUGACACCGAGCAAGCAGUUCAACCACAACAACAACCGCCCAUUCUCGUACCUCAGCCCCCAGGUCACCGAGCACCUGGUGGCCGGCGCCGCGUCCGACGAGGACGAGGGCCUCGGCAUCGACGCCGCCUACAAGCCCAGACAGGUGUCCUUCAGCAACAAGUACAGACAAGUACUGUUCAACGAGGAUGACUACCCAAAAGCCCGCUACGAAGACGACCUUCCCGUGCGGAACGGCUACGAGGAGGACUACUCGAAGAAGCGGUACGACGACGAGUAUCCGAAGAAACGCUACGACGACGACUUGCCAAAGAAACGGCUGGACGAGGAGCUGACGCCGAAGAAACGGUACGACGACGUGCCACUGAAGAAGUACGAGUUCGGACAGCGCGUCAGCAGCAGCAGCGGAGGCGGUGGGGGCGGCAGGUACACGUCGGACCACAGCAGCCGCGAUGUCGUCGACUCGGGCAUCGAGAACGACCACCCCAAGUACCGCGUUAGGACGUCCGAGAGGACCUCGUCCAGGGUGUCCGAGCGCACGCCGUCCAAGGUCAGCACCCUGAGGAGGGAGACGGCGGGCAGGGAAAGUCCGGCCAUGCCGUCAGCCAGGCUCGUGCAGCAGGCGUCAAAAGGUGGCAGCCCCAGACGCAGGUCGCUCAGCAUCCUCGACGAGCAGGAAGCCAUGGAAAACGACAGGGACAAUAAUAACAGGACGAAAACAUUGGAAACAAAAGAAAAAAAGAAGCGGAAAUUAAGGCUGAAAAACUUUUUCAUCCGUGACAAGAACAAAAACAACAGCAGCAACGAUGAGCAGAAGGAAGUGAAAACGUCGACGUUGAAGCGCGCCAUAAUCCGGACCAAAUCCAGCCACGACCCUUCAGACACUGACCAGGCGUCGUGUGACGAACUGAAGCCGUUGCCCCAGCAGCCGGCGCGGUCAUCCUCCUCGAGCCAACAGCAGCACCAGCAGCGGCGUCCGGUGAAGCGCAGCAGCAGCAUGCACGCGACCCACGCACCGCCACCGGCGCCGUCGUCGCGGCGGGCAGCCUCGCGCAGCGGCUCGUCGGUGCUGGACGCGCCCAAACUGAGCUGGUUUAAGACAGUCGACCGCUUCACCUUCCGCACCAACAAAAACAACAACAGCAACAACAACAACAACACGAAGGGCAAUGAGGUGCACGUGCAGCGGCGCCACAGACGCGCCUAUGACGAUACAGAUCCCGAGUCGGCGCCGGAGCCGGCGACGACGCUCGAGCGGCGCCACUUCAAGCCUCGCCAGAAGCCGUCGUCCGGCUCGAGCAGCGGGGGGCCGUCGGGGGCGCGCAGGGGCGUCCAGCAACGUCAGAACAGGCUGCUGGCCAACAGCUCCGAGGAGAGCGAGAACGAUCCCAAGCCCAUGUACUUGCACAACGCGGCCGUCGGCGACAUCCCGGGACGCUUCGGACCAAGACGCACCGUCAGCAGGGAGGAGCUGGCCGCAGCCGCACACAAGCCCACCAGAAACCUCAGCCGCUCUUUCUCCGUGCUCGCGCCCUGGAGGCCAAGCAGGUAUCAGGGAAACCCCGAGAUCUACUACCAAAACGAAGGCUCCGAGAGGUUCCUGACGAAGCCGCCGAGGGGCCCGAACCGGAUGACCGCCUCCAUCGAGUCGCUGGGCGGAAGCGGCAGCAGCUUGGAAAGGGGUCGCACCCCGAAGUACAAGUCGAGGACCAACGUAAACGGGCUUUAAUCCACGCAAGCACUCGAUCAGACUUUUUACGCAAAUAAUUCUGUUCGCGAAUCUUGGUCUGCGGAGCAGACCACAUCAGAUUGCACGAAAGCUGGGCAAUAUAUUACUUAACAAUUAAGUAUUGUAUCCGACGACUAAACUCAGACAGAAAAGAAUGAGUCAUUCAAGAUAAUAGUUUUUAACAAACGCCAUAAAAUAGUGAUGAAAAAGUCACGGGGUUGUGACACACAUUAACAGUUAGUGAUAUCUGAACGGUGAUUUUGGAAGAAGCAAUCCCAAAGCGAUUAACACAACGAUUGGCGCCGCGGCACAAGUGGAGCCGCCAUGCAGCUAUACAUAUUAUUUUGGGGUGAUUUACUUUUAUCCGUAAAGAAUUUGUCCCAAAUGGGUGAUUUGGAAUUUAACUAAAAAACAGAAUUGUUCAAAACUUUAUUUUUGCAAGGCAUCCAUUGAUCAAAAUUCCAUUAUCCGACAAAUUCCGAGUCACCCAUGUGGACAGAUUCUUUUGGACAAAGAACGCGCUCCCAUUAUUUCGUCGACCUAAGCGUAUUUCUAGCAUCUCUCUUUAACGUUUUAACAGGUGUGAACAUCCAACUAGUCUCUCAAAAGCGCACAUUUAAAGGAGAGUGACAGGGAAGAGGCGCCGCCCACUCCGAAAUAGGAAACACAGACUGUGUGUUUGCUCAGAAAUGAACUCAUCCAGAUUUUUUAACUCUCUUAAUUCGGAAUAAAACAAAGAACUUCAGGCAGGCGUGAUUUUUAUUAUAUUUUUUAAUUGAAAAGACGAAACUUUCGAACUAACAAGAGCCCUAACAUAUUUCGCAGCAAACCUGCCACAACUGUGUUGUACAAUUAUGUUAAAAUAAAUCUCAAACACAA